AAAACUCAACGUCCCUACAAAGAACCACAAGUCACUAAAAACCUCAAACAACAUCCACUCCACUAUAUCCUUAACAUUCCACAUUUUGCUCCUUUUUUUUAACUUUCAAAACCCUGAUUAUUUUCUUAGAUUUGCAAUGGAGAGAGUAAGCAAAAUGGUAGCUGAAAAGCCAGUGGUGAUAUUCAGCAAGAGUAGUUGUUGUAUGAGUCAUACAAUUAAAUCUUUGUUCUGUGAUCUCGGCGUUCACCCUGCAGUUCACGAGCUAGAUGAGAUGCAGAGAGGAGGCCGAGAAAUCGAAGCGGCGCUUUCGAGGCUCGGAUGUAACCCUACAGUCCCCGCCGUGUUUAUCGGCGGUGAACUGGUGGGUGGUGAAAGUGAAGUCAUGAGUCUUCACCUCCAGCGCUCCUUAAAGCCAAUGCUUAAAAGAGCUGGAGCUUUAUGGGUUUAAUUAAUUAAUUAAUAAUUUAAAAAUAUCGAUACAUACUCGACUUCAAUAACAAUAAUAAUAAUAAUAUAAGCUAGAGGUGGACAUUAACUAGUUACUUUUAGCAACAAAAAGAAAGGAAAAAGAGAGUGUGUAUGUGUGUGUAAAGUAAGAGUGCGUAGCGUUGUACUGCAAUUUUCUUCAGCUAACUAGCUAUAUAAUUAUGGAGUGAUAAAUAAUGUGUUCACUUCUACUCCAGCUUCUCGUUUUGAUAUGUAAGCUGUGAUCUUUUUUGCGAAUAAAUCUCAGUUUUUAUUAAUUAACAGUA